CGCUCGUAUGGAAGAAAACGUGCGGAGAGUGAAACAACAGUUAAUGACUGUCCGCAGCAUCUCUAAAGAAGGUCGCAUAUGGAUGAAAGAGCUUGCCAGUAUGUUCUUAUCUGAGGAUGAAAAUUUCCUCCUGUUCUUUCGCCUGGAAACUCCCUUGGAUAACAGCGUGGAGUUCAUGCAGAUUUGGCGCAAAUACGAUGCGGACAGCAGCGGCUUCAUAUCAGCUGCUGAGCUUUGCAACUUCCUCCGGGAUCUUUUCCUCCACCACAAAAAGGCUGUUUCCGAGGCUGAACUGGAAGAGUACACCAGCACCAUGAUGAAGAUCUUUGACAAAAACAAAGAUGGCCGUUUGGAUCUUAACGACUUGGCAAGGUGAGUGGUGUCGAAACGGUGGCAAAUUCAGACGUUCCCGUCCACGGGUCUGGU